AUGGUUCCUCACGCUCUUCUCGUUGCUUUUCCUUUACAGGGUCACAUUAAUCCCAUGAUGCAGCUCGCCUGGAAGCUCGUCUCUCAUGGAUUCCUUGUCACUUUCCUCAACUCCGACAGCAAUCAUAAUCGCAUACUCAAAGCCAACACUCCAAAUUCUUUGCAUGAUAACAUCCGAAUGAUAUCCGUUCCCUUUGAAUUCCCUGUUAUGGAUACUCUGGAAGGCAUUGCAAAUGGCAUGGAGGCGUUGGGAAAGGACAUGGGGCCUUCUGUAAUUGAUAGAGUAGUUCGGGAAAUAAAUGCUAGAAAUGAAGAAAACAAGCUCACCUGUAUAAUUGCAGACGCCUGGAUGUGCUUUGGCUUACAGUCGGUGGCUACGCUCCAUAAAAUUCCCCUCGCCGCUUUCCACACUGCUCUCACUUCAUUUUUCGCCAUCUACUACUUUAGUCCCAGUCUGGUCUCGCUUGGCAUCCUUGCUUCGGAUGGAACUCCAAAGAAAGAUAAAACAGUAAAAUUUCAUUCCUCCAUGCCGGCGCUGCAUUCGGGAGAUCUUCCGUGGUUGUGGGCAGGCGAAUACAUGUUUAGAAAAGGGAUUCGUAUGGCAGAGGAAGUCAAACACAUCAAAUGGGUCCUCUUCAAUUCAUUCUUAGAGAUCGAAGUUCCAUUAGUCGAAACGUUGUCCAAAGAAGUGGGAGUGUAUCCAAUAGGUCCUCUAAUUCCUCCCGAGUUUCUCCAUAGCAGGACAAGCACGAAGGUCCUCCCAAGCUUCUGGAAAAAUGACACAGAAUGUUUACAGUGGUUAGAUAAACACUAUGCCCACUCUGUGAUAGACAUAUCUUUUGGAAGUAUUACAGUUCUGAGUGAAAAGCAAGUGGAAGAGCUUGCUAUGGGAAUGGAGGCAACCCGGAGACCAUUUCUGUGGCUUUUGCGCCCCGAUCUGAUGAAAGGAAGCGAAGCUAUUUUACCUGCAGAUUUCUUGGAGCGUGAAAGCAUCACCAUUGGCGUGCCCAUGCUUUGUUGGCCUUAUUUUGCAGACCAGUUUCUUAACCGCACAUAUGUUAUUGAUGUGUGGAAAUUGGGUUUACCAUUAAAUGCGAAUAGAGAAGGAAUUAUAGAGAAGGGAGAGUUUGUAAAAGGCUUAGAGAUUUUGCUGGAAUCGGAACAAGGCCUUGAAAUAAGAGAGGAAGCUAGAAAAUUGAAGAUAAUUGCUUUUUGGAGCCAUUGUUUUGUUUCAGUUAUGGAUACUCUGGAAGGCGUUGGAAAUGGCAUGGACGCAGUGGAAAAGUGCAUGGGGCCUUCUGUUAUUGAUAGAGUAAUUCAGGAAAUAAAUGCCAGGGAAGAAGAAAACAAGCUCACCUGUAUAAUUGCAGACGCCUGGAUGUCCUUUGGUUUACACCCGCUAGCCACGCUUCACAAAGUUCCCCUCGCCGUUUUCCACACUGCUCCCGUUUCAAUCUUCGCCAUUCACUACUUCAUUACCAAUAUGGUCUCACUUGGUGUCGUUUCAUCCGAUGGAAUUCCAAAGCAAGAUCAAAAAACAAAAUAUCUUCCCUCCAUGCCGCCGCUGCGUUCUGGAGAUCUUACGUGGUUGUGGGGAGGCGAAUACUUUUUUCGGAAAGGUACUCGCAUGGCACAAGAAAUCAAGCACAUUAAAUGGAUCCUCUUCAAUUCUUUCUUAGAGAUCGAAGCUCCAGUAGUCGAAACGUUGUCCAAAGAAGUGGGCGUGUAUCCAAUAGGCCCUCUAAUUCCUCCUGAGUUUCUCCAUAGUACGGCGAGCACGAAGGUCCUGCCAAGCUUACGGAAACAUGAGACGGAAUGCUUACAAUGGCUAGAUAAACAGUGUACCCACUCUGUGAUCUACAUAUCCUUUGGAAGUACUGGAAUUAUGAGUGAAAAGCAAGUGGAAGAGCUUGCGCUGGGAUUAGAUGCCACACAGAGACCAUUUCUGUGGGUUGUGCGCUCCGAUCUGAUGAAAGGAAGCGAAGCUAUUUUACCUGCUGGUUUCUUGGAGCGAGUGAGAGAUAGAGGUUGCAUAGUUUCCUGGGCGCCACAGUUAGAGGUGUUAUCUCAUCCUUCCUUAGCCUGUUUUGUGACUCACUGUGGGUGGAACUCUGUGCAGGAAAGCAUCACCAUGGGCGUGCCUAUGCUUUGUUGGCCUUAUUUUGCAGACCAGUUUAUUAACCGAACGUAUGUUGUGGAUGUGUGGAAGUUGGGUUUGCCGUUGGAUGCGAAUAGCCAAGGAAUUCUAGAGAAGGAAGAAUUUUUGAAAGGUGUAGAGAUUUUACUGGAAUCGGAACAAGGCCUUGAGAUAAGAGAGGAAGCGAGAAAAUUGAAAGGAAUUGCUAGGGAUACAAUCAAGGACGGGGGCUCUUCAUGGAAUAACUUUAAUCUCUUUUUGACUGCCAUGAAGAGACAACCAAAUGAAUGA